UAUAAGGAUUUAAUCCAACUCAUUACUGAUGAUUUGGAAAAAAAAAAUUUACUUUUAAAUACUUCUAUAGAUUCAAUCGAAUGGCAAAAAACAAUAAAUAAUAAUUUUGAUUCUCCACUUGUAUUAAAUGCUUCUAAUAAUACCCGCAUUCUUGCGGAUUGUGCAAUAAUUACUUGUUCUCUUGGUUAUUUAAAAGAGAAUUAUAAAACAAUGUUCAUUCCAUCUUUACCAUCUCACUUUAGUGAAGGAAUUGAAUGUUUAGGCUUCGGUUUAAUAAAUAAAAUUUUUCUCGAUUAUGGUAUUUCUUGGUGGAAACCUAACACGAAAGGAUUUCAACUACUUUGGAAAGAAGGAAUGUUUUGCAAUAAAAAUCUAGCUCUAUGGACUAGAGAUCUUACAGGAUUCGAUGUUGUACCGAAUCACGAAGGUGUACUUCUUGGUUGGAUCGGAGGACGCGGAGCUUGCAUUAUUGAAACUUUAAGCGAACAACAAAUUGCAAUGGAUUGUGAAAAUUUACUUAAAUAUUAUUUAAAAUUUGAUAAAAUACCUCCAAUAAAAAAAUGCUUCAAGACACAAUGGGGUACAAACAAAUAUAUUCGAGGUAGUUAUAGUCAUAUUACAACAAAAUGUGAUAAGAAUAAUAUUACGCCAAAUUGUUUAUCAGAACCAAUAUGGAGUAAAAUAAUAGAAAAACAUAACACCAAGGAUAUACCCAUCAUUUUGUUUGCUGGUGAAGCAACACAUGAAAAUUUUUAUUCUACGACACAUGGCGCUUAUGAUACUGGAGUGAAACAAGCACAAAUUUUUCUACAGCAUCAUAUUUCUAGGAAUUAAUUGUUAACAA